UAAAUUUAGAAUUCCUAGAAAAUGAAAUGAACCGUUUUUCUUUACUAUAGAAACAUUGAUUUUUAGUUUUGAUUUCGCGCGAAGGAAUUGCAUACACUUGAAAGAUAUUAUUUUUAUAUAAUUUGAUAAUUCACAAUUUUGCUGGAGAAAGGUAGUAGCUGGAGCAAAACUUGAAAAAAUUUAAAAUCAGAUAUACCACAUUGCCAUGGAGAUAAAAACCAUUACAAAAACAGUCAUUACGCUACUGUUGUUAGGGCUAAUUUGUACCGUAAGUACACAGCCGUACAAACGACCAGACGUGCAGCCUCCAGCGGACAAUCAGACAGACUGUGUAUGCCAACCGGAUGUCACACUUUGCAAGUGUACUUUUGAGGUAGAGCACCGUUUGUCUAUGGUAUUGCAUAAGGAAAGAGAACUAGUUCGCCCUGAAAUGGGGUUCUUAAGUAAAGUCAGUAACGGCAGGAGAUUAACAGAGGAGGAAACUGAACAAGUGAUCACAACUGAUGGUGUAGAGUCCAGACUUGUUAUUGCCAUAAAUGGUAAAUUUCCGGGUCCCAGAGUAGAAGUAUUUGAAAACCAAGAGAUUGAAAUCACGGUGGUCAACAAAUUCCAUACAGACAGUGUUACAGUUCAUUUUCACGGCAUUCAUCAAAAGAAUACACCUUGGAUGGAUGGAGUGGCAUUCGUUACCCAGUGUCCGAUAUUACCUGGACAAAGGUUUGUCUACCGCUUCAAAGCUUAUCCUCCAGGAACUAGUUUCUAUCAUGCGCACAUCGGAGACCAGCGUAGCAUGGGUUUAUACGGACCGUUCAUCGUUCGUAAAAGAGACACUGAACCAAUCAGCGAAAUAGUUGUCACAUUGCAAGACUGGAAUCACAAUAUGGACGCUGAAACAGCAUAUCUAAGAAUGAUUACAGAACAGUAUGAUUUCAAUGUUAAUCCUAGUAGAAUAAUACCAACAACCUUCUCUAUAGAUAGUGGAAAGUUUAGCCGAUUUGAAUUUCAAUCUGGACUUGUCAAUGGAAAGGGAAGGUACUGGGAGAGUUUUAAUAAUCACAACAGCGCACCACUAGAGAGGUUCCACGUGAAAACCGGAGCAUUGUACAGGUUUAGAGUUAUAGGCGCAAUGACCCUUUAUCCAAUGAGGGUAUACAUCGAAGGUCAAACUUUGUCUCUUAGGUCUUCUGAUUGUUUUAACUUGAAGAAUACCCCUGUUCAGUCGAUUAUUGUUCAUCCUGGUGAAAGGUAUGAUUUUCAUGUAACUUUCCAGGAUACUAGUGCAAGGAAACAAUACUUAUUAAUUGCAGAAACGAUUGAAACUCGUGAAAGUCAUGGAAAAUAUCAUGCAGCAGAAGCCAUAAUUGAAGUGGACAACGCUCAAGGAACCGUAGAUCUCUAUCCUAAUAACAAUAAAGAUGAAACGUGUAAUAUUCAUUCGGAAUGUAAAGUAUUCAACUGCCCUUAUGGCUACAGCGGAACUAAUAUUAGGAGUUGUAUGAACUACAAUGACGUCCAUAACACGGACCCACUUCGUGAUCCUUCGAAAGUGAAAGGGAACAAGGUCGACAAUGAGUAUUUCUUUAACUUCGCAUUUCCUGGAUUCCCAGGCAAUACCCCAGGGUCAGUUAAUGGAAGGCAAUUUAUCUCGCCGACUUCACCUCUUCUUACACAACCGAACGCCCUAGCAACUCGCUGUAAUGAGGAGACAUGCCAGGAGAAUGGUAUAUGCAACUGCACAUAUAUAGUUGAGAUUCCCGAGAACAAACUUAUACAAAUGACCUUUAUGAACAUUGGGAAUGGCUCCGGAUGGUCCCACCCGGUACAUCUACACGGAACAUCAUUCUUUGUCAUGAAAAUGGGCUUUGGUACAUACGAUACUACAAAUGGACGACUGGUAAAUGAGACGAGUGAUAUUCGGUGUACGGGAUCGUACGGGUUCUGUUCCCAAGCGGUAUGGAGAAACAAUAAAUGGAGAGGUGGUAAUAUCCCAGAGCAGAACCCAGAACCUCCAAUCAAAGACACUGUAGUUGUUCCCACGGGCGGUUAUGUUGUUAUCAGAUUCAUCUCGGACAAUCCCGGAAUGUGGUUCCUACACUGUCACAUAGAUCUUCACAACACAAACGGUAUGGGUAUGGUCGUGAAUGUCAGUCCCAAUAAUCAUCCAAAACCACCCAAAGGCUUUCCAACAUGUGGAAGCUUUUAUAAUGACGGUACACCACAGCCAGACCCCGACCCGGAUAGUCCACUGUCUGUUGGGGGGAUCAUUGGAGUAGCGUUUGGAACAUUCUUUUUCGGAAUACUCACAGUGAUAGUUAUUAUCUGGGUUCGGCGUCGGUAUUGUGGAAAUAAUUAAAUAUUAUCUUUACAUGAAAAGAAAAGCAUGCACGUUUUCAUUAAAACACAACAGUAUUGACGUCAAGUCUAUUAGCUCAUUUGGUGCAAGAAAGCGCAUAGAAAGAGUGCUACCAGAUUUUAUUUGCUAUUAUAUUUAAGACGUUUUAGUUUCGAAAUGAUAUAACAAAACAGUGUUACGCUUCACACACCUUAAACCAAUUUUCAGGCUCGUACGCAUUCCUUCCUUAUUCCAAAAGACGCGUUUUCCGUCCCCUUAUUUUACCUUAUUAAAAUACGGUUCAUCUGGCUUUUAAAUCUCUUCCCUGAUUCAUCGACUUUUUUCCAAAAGAGAAAUAUUGAGAUCGAAAUAAAAUAUAGUAAGGCCAUGUUUAAUAUAUCUAAAUUACCAAAUCAGUCACACCUCUCUAGAAAUAAUUCACUUGGGCUACGCAAAAUAUAACCUGCUCAUAUUGUUUUGAUAUAAUAUGGUUCUGCUGUAUAUUAUUUCGUAAGUAUUCUAUAAUUGUAGGUAAGUUAUUCAAUAAGUGUUUAAUAUACCAUAGGAUGACCCGUCAUAUUGUUGUUAUAAUUUUUAGCCCAGCCCUUUUGUAUAUUUGCAUUGAUGUAUUUUUGAAUGAUAGUUGUUUGUACAAUAUAAUAUGAUUACUUACAUUUAUUUUUCAUUUAGAAUGAUAGUUGUUUGUACAAUAAAAUAUGAUUACUAACUUUUUUUUUCAUUUAGAAUGCUAUAUAUACUGCAAACAUUUGGAAAAAAAAAGAUGCACAAUUUUAUGGUUUUAGUACUUGCAUAAGCUUUAAUAUGCUUAUAGAGUAUAUCUGCUUCAACAGAUUCAAUAAAACCGAGUAAAUAUUAUUUCAUCCUACUAAUUUUUAGCACAGCCCUUUUGUAUAUUUGCAUUGAUGUAUUUUUGAAUGAUAGUUGUUUGUACAAUAAAAUAUGAUUACUUACAUUUAUUUUUCAUUUAGAAUGAUAGUUGUUUGUACAAUAAAAUAUGAUUACUAACUUUUUUUUUCAUUUAGAAUGCUAUAUAUACUGCAAACAUUUGAAAAAAAAAAAGAUGCACAAUUUUAUGGUUUUAGUACUUACAUAAGCUUUAAUAUGCUUAUAGAGUAUAUCUGCUUCAACAGAUUCAAUAAAACCGAGUAAAUAUUAUUUCAUCCUACUAAUCAACUUGUUAUUAAUUUGAUUAUAGACUGCUGGAGUGGUACAGCCAAUUAGGGCCCUACUUUGUUUGGUUGAGUUCAUUAUGCUUACAAAAAAUCUUCUUAUAUAUUUUGUUUAUGUAAAUUGUGGCAGGGGUGGGGACACGGUCGGAAUAUCCGCGACGCUCUUGCAACUAUCUUUUUUUUGUGAAAACAGAGACCACAGAUCUAUGUCCCAUAGCUGUUCUUUAUGAUUAAAUUUUAUGUAUUCAGUCAAUUUUAUUGUGCAAGAAUAUAUUUUCAUUGCACUUAAUAUUUUGUAUUAUGGCAAAUAAACAUGGUCUUUUAGAGGAUUUCUUCCAAUAUCAAAUAUAUCGACAAAAAGAUUAUCCUUAGUGUUGAAGCUAAAUUCAUGAAAAAUAUCAGGCAGAUAACGUAAAAAGAAAAAAAUGACAAUAAUAUGGUUCUGCUGUAUAUUAUUUCGUAAGUAUUCUAUAAUUGUUGGCCUUUGACCGGCAAAUUAUUCAAUUAGUGUUUAAUAUACCAUAGGAUGACCCGUCAUAUUGUUGUUAUAAUUUUUAGCCCAGCCCUUUCGUAUAUUUGCAUUGAUGUAUUUUUGAAUGAUAGUUUUUUGUACAAUAAAUAUUUUUACUAACAUUUUUCAUUUAGAAUGCUAUAUAUAUUCUGCAAACAUUUGAAAACUAACCAAUGUGAUUUUUAGAAGAAAAAAAGACGUGCACAUUUUUAUGGUUUUAGUACUUACACAUGCUUUUAAUGUGCUUUGAGAGUAUGUCAGCUUCUUCCGAUAUUAUUGAAAUCAUUGAUAAUUUCAUGUAUCUUGGAUUUAGUUUCAUCUUCACCGGUAGUCUGGUAAACGUCGUUAAAGCUUUACAUGAUCAAGCCAUUAAAACGUAUACUCAUCUCUUAAAUGUUUUGAUAAUAUUGAUCGUGAUAUUAGAACCAAGUUAUUCUUUUUGCUUCUAUAAUUGUUCCUAUGUGAAAAUUUGGUGUAUACACACAUAAGAGGUAAAUAAGUUAUAAAUUCGUUUCAAGUUACAAUAAGUAUGGAAUGAUAUUCAAGUAAAAAAUCCAUUCAUGUAUUAUAUACUAAAUGACCUAUUCUUGCAUGUGAAUUACAUUGAUUCAAUAUUAAACUAAUAUUCUAAUA